AUGAGUACAGAAGUACCAAACCCCGGGCCCUCUGGGCAGCCUGACAGGAAAGGAUCCGUCAAGCGGGCCAGACAAAUGCUGGAUGCCGGCGUGCGUCCAGAACGAGCCUGCCCACCCCAGCAGAUGAGACAUCCGCCCGUCCCCAGGGAUAUUUCCCAUCAAACACAAUGGCCUCUUCCUGAUUCGGGUCUCCCACCACAACCGAUCAAUCAACAUCCUAGAUAUCUGGUUCCGCGGGGUCCUCCACCUCAGAGACCACCUCAUCCGAGCGAACUCCCUUCGCCAUCCAUCUACUCAGAACGGGAUAGCCGAGUUUCAGAAAUGAGCUCGUAUCCGAACCCAAGACCUCACCGGUCCUUCUCGCAACUUCAGCCGCCUCCGCUAGCGCAUUCACGCCCGCCGAUAAACGAUGCCCCUGCGAGUCCCACCAGCACAAUCGAUAUGACCACUCCUCGAAUAUCGAUUGCAACAGAAGAGUUGUUCAGACAAUCUGUGACUUCGUCGACGCCCUCUAUUCCCGAUGUGCCCCAAUUUCCACCUACGUUUAUGCUGCCCGAAUCCGGUCAUCCUCAGGAUGACCCCGGGCACCGGACGGCAGGUCUUGUCGCACCACUUAAUGCGCGAAAGCCUCCCCAGGCUCGUCGAUCAUCUGUCUCGCCCAUUCCAGAAGAAUUUGCCAACUCUCGCUUCACAAAAUGCUCCGUCGCAUCGAGCCGAGCCGUCCCCUCAAGUUGGGGAUCCGGCCCCGCCGAAUCGGAGAUUCUGGGAGCAUAUCUAGACAUGGAUUCAGAUGAUGGCCAGCGCUCACCGGGCCUCCAAGAGGACGAUACGAGGCUCGUCCGAAGCGCUAGUAUUGGAAAGCGAGGAAAGCCGACGAUGCGUACCAUCCUCAAGUCUAACCCCGGUUCCGUUAUAGAUAUGCCAGCAUUUGCCCAGGAGGAACCCUCCAAGGGCACAGAAGUACGACCUAUCGGGAUAGGAGCUGCUGCAAGCCAGGUGCCCCAUAUACCAAGCCAAUUAAGAAAGUCGUCUACUACAGCAUCGAGUGAAUCGCUGAAUGUGGUGGACCCGGAAAAGCCACCCUUUCCCACGCAGUAUGACUCGCCUUCCGAUACACGACUCGAAAAGGAGCUCGAGGCCUUCGGACAGCUGCCUCACGCUGCACCAACAAUGAGUGACAAAAGGCCUGGCGGUCGCAAGCCUCCUGCUCUGAAUAUGCAUGCAUUGCGGGAUGCAGAGGCUCGUGGGAGCCUUUCCAGUCUAUCUGAUUUGAUUCGGAGGGCGACAAAGCUGGCAACGAACCUAGAUCAUGGGAGAACCGCUAGUCGAGCUAAUCUGGCUGGUGGUGAUGAGGUGGGGUUCAGGAAUGCGAUGGGACAUCGACCACGCAACUCCGGCUCUAUAUCUGACAUGCUCGCCUCGUUUCCCCCGCCGGGUUUGGCCACACCCGAAGGUCGUGCAUCACGAACAUCAUGGCCCAUUUUCUUUGGACGCUCUAACUUGCGUAAUGUUGAGCAGCUUAACUCCAGUGAUGAUGACCCAAAUACUUCCGGACGCAGGAAGAUGUGCUGCGGAAUGCCUCGGAAGAUCUUCGUGCUCAUCUGUAUUGCAAUCUUCAUUAUUGUUAUUCUCGCGAUUCUUCUCCCCGUGUUCCUUAUCGCCGUGCCCCGCGAGAAAGCGAACUCGUCCUGUGCUGAAAAGAACCCUUGUGAGAAUGGAGGUAUGAGCGUCUCGGCCGGCGAUGAAUGCUCAUGCGUCUGUUCGAAUGGUUAUACCGGCUCACAAUGCAAUAGUGCGGGCGAUAGUAGCUGCACCACCGGCCUAAUAAGUAACGGAUGGAAUGCGACCAUGGGCAGUGCACUCCUUCCUCUGUUCGAGGAAUCCAAGACGAAAUUCGACGUCACCCUCGACCAAGUCACAAUCAUGGCUCUCUUCAGCAUGAACGAUGUCUCCUGCAAGACCGAAAACGCGCUCGUGGCUUUCGACGAUGUUACGAGUGACACGAGCAAGACCCGCCGAUCUGUAGAGUUGAUGGCCGACUCGAUGCCAUCUGAAGAGAAUGGAAAGCACGGUGAUUCUCCAUCCGUCUCAACAACCGGCCCAACACCAGUCCUAGCUGUCCGUUCCGAGGCCACUAUGAACGGUAUCCUAUACGACGACUCAAGCAAGUCAGCUACGAUCACGUCGCCACCCACUCAAACCGAGUCCGCGACGACCACCUCGGCUACUAGUAUCAGUUCUCAAUCCGUUUCCGGGACAAAGGCGGCCACGUCCACUAGGACCAACGUCCCCGAGGAUGUUGUUGGGUUUUCUCGGGUUGCGGUGUUGUAUAUUCUGCAGAAGACAGGCUCACUUGACACGGCUCUAUCCUCCGAACAGGGUAUCCAAGAAUACCUGGUCCAUUCGUAUGCGAACACCACUCACCCGGCCAUAAGGGUGGGUGGGUUCGCUGUGGAUUUUGAGAAAUUGACCAUCACGCUUCCCAAUCGCACGGUGAAUGGUGAGUGA